GGUAAUCUUUAGGAGAAAUCAAUCAAGAUUGGUGUUUUUGUGGACGAAAAUGCACAGGGAAACUUCCACUUUUUUGGCGCCUUCAUCAUCUCAUCCCUUUAUACAAAACCUCCUGCAUUUACAACCACACACUUAUACAUCUGUUUCAAGCCAGUUAACCCUAAUUUUUCUGCAUAUUACUCAUUAUACAUUUAUACCCUUCCUCUUCUGCCAUCUGACAUUCAGGUUCUACAUGUGUGUGUAGAUAAUAGAUUCUUUGUGCAAUGCCUAUUAUGGGAAUUUCACUAGGGUGGUGAUUGAUUGCAAAGGUUGAUGAUAAUAAUGCAGUUAUUGGCUGAUCAGAUAUUGAAGAUAGGUAGGGUUGUGCAUUAUUGAGACAAAGAAGAGGAAGACUGUGGAAAAAAAAAGUGGGUACUAAUUGUUUGGGGACAAGAUAGUAGCUUUGCUUUUGAUGCACAAGAAUAGCUAGAGGGAAAUUUUUUGCUUUAAAAAAGUUGGAAGUUGCUUAUUUAACUCAUCAUCAUCUUCAGUGUUGAUGAGCACAUUUCUGGGCUCAGAGUUCUCUGAUCAUUGCCAUGGUGGAUCUUGAUCAAGAGGGUAUUGUUAAUAACCUGUCUAUCAAAAAGAAGGAGCUUCUUUCCACUGCCAUGAAGAGGACCACUGAAUGGAAAUCCCUAGCGACGUUACGAUUCAUGCUGGAGGGACAUCCUUUUCACUCCACAAGUUCCCUUUAGUGUCAAAGUGUGGGUACAUAAGGAAAUUGGUGUCUGAGUCGAGUGAUGCUGAUCUUUCUAUAGUUGAAAUCCCUGAUAUCCCCGGUGGAGCAGAGGCGUUUGAGCUCGCUGCGAAAUUUUGUUAUGGGAUUAAUUUCGAGAUAAGCACAGAGAACAUUGGCAUGCUUAGAUGCACGGCAGAGUAUCUCGAGAUGACUGAGGACUACGCGGUUGGGAACUUGGUGGGGAGGACGGAGGCCUACUUAAACGAAGUUGCACUCAACAGCCUUGCAGGGGCGGUUUCCAUUUUGCAUUCUUCGGAGAGUCUUCUCCCAAUGGCGGAGAAAGUGAAACUGGUGAGCCGAUGCAUUGAUCAAAUAGCGUAUAUAGCCUGCAAAGAUAGCCAAUUCUGCUCAUCUGUGGUGGUGGAGGGUGGUGGGACUAAUGGUUUAAACUCCUCCCCGACGCUUCCAAGCACAAAGCCUAUAGUUGAUUGGUGGGCUGAGGAUAUGACUGUGCUUAGAAUUGAUUUUUUCCAAAGGGUUCUGAUUGCAAUGAUGGCAAGGGGAUUCAAGCAGUAUGGACUUGGACCGAUCCUCAUGCUUUACGCCCAGAAAUCUCUUCGAGGUUUGGAAAUCUUUGGAAAGGGGAGGAAGAAAAUCGAACCGAGACAAGAACACGAGAAGAGGGUCGUUUUGGAAACGAUUGUUAGCCUUCUGCCAAGGGAGAAGAACACCCUAUCGGUUAGCUUCCUGUCAAUGCUCCUAAGAGCAGCAAUAUAUCUGGAAACAACCGUUGCUUGCAGGCUUGACUUGGAGAAGAGACUCGGUUUGCAACUUGGGCAGGCUGUUUUAGACGAUUUGUUAAUCCCCUCGUAUUCUUUCACUGGGGACACGUUAUUCGAUGUUGAAACUGUGCAGCGGAUUAUGAUGAACUACCUGGAGUAUCAACUGGAGGGAAAUGGAAAUCGGGGAUCGGGCUUCAAUCCAGAUAAUGAAGAAUAUGUAGCUCCCUCGCCUAGUGAUAUGGAGCGUGUGGGGAGGCUAAUGGAGACUUAUCUUGCUGAAAUAGCUUCAGAUCGUAAUCUAUCUGUCUCGAAGUUCAUUAAUAUCGCUGAACUUAUCCCCGAGCAAUCAAGAAUCACAGAAGAUGGGAUGUACCGUUCCAUUGACAUUUACUUGAAGGUAUGCACAUUCACUUUGCACAACGUUUUGUUAGUCUUUACUUCUUCGAUUACUCAAAUAUCGUUAUGCAAUAUGCACAAUUUGAAGGCACACCCUGCUUUAAGUGAUAUGGAGAGAAAGAAAGUGUGCAGCGUUAUGGACUGCCAAAAACUCUCUCGAGAAGCUUGUGCUCAUGCUGCCCAGAAUGACCGCCUCCCAGUUCAGACCGUCGUUCAAGUGCUUUAUUAUGAGCAGCAACGCCUCCGAGAGGUCAUGAAUGGCGGUGGUGAAUCUCCCGCUCUUCCCUCCAAAGUGGCGACUCAGUUCUCCACUGACAUCCAGCCCAUCGUUCCAGACGAGCUCUCAAGUCUGCGAAGAGAAAACCAGGAUCUGAAACUGGAGCUCGUGAAGAUGAAAAUGAGGUUGAGAGAAAUCGAGAAGUCUUCGGAUAAAUCAGCUACCAGCAGUCCCUUAGGCAUCACUCUUGCAUCUGCUGACAAGCCUCCUCUUCCCCGAAGAUCAUUCAUGAGCUCCGUUUCCAGAAAGCUUGGCAAACUUUAUCCAUUUGCUCGCGCUGAUGGACUCAUACCUAGCAAAGGCAGAAACAAACCAAGUAAAAAUCGGCGCCACUCCAUUUCAUAGGCAGUUUUUUUCUUAGUGAUGCAUACUGGGAUUAAGGUUACUGCUUUGUUUUGAUGCUUAGGAAAGAGGAUUCUCUGCCAGACAACCUAUGUUGCUUGUCCUCUUUUCCUGUGUGAUAAAACUGUAAAUCAUAUUUUGUCUCUGUGCAUUGAUUGAUGAAUACAAUUCAACCAGUAGUAGCUGAUGAUAAGUUUCUCUGUAUAUCCCUACCCAAAGACUUGUAAUAUUAGAGAUGGCAUAUUACUAAGACCAAAAAUAUAAAGAAACAAUCUUUUUUGAAGGGCUUUC